CACAGAGAAAGACAGAGCAGUUCGGCUGGCGGAGAAAUUCAUUCAUCUCAAUCUCCAUCUCAUCGAAAGAACCCUAUUGAUAACGUCUAGUGCUUUCAUUCGAUCCGAUCCGGGUCCCGAAAGACCCACUGGUGUGCACUUGUUUUGGUUUCGAACCCUUUGCCGCGGAAAGGUGCGUGUUUCGGCCCCAUAAUCACAAAUAUGUGAGUUUCGAAAGGCUUUUUGUGUGACGCGGCCAUAUUUGAAGAGUUUUCGUGUGUUGUGGAUGUGGGGCGAGCUGCGGAAAUUACAUAAAUACAGCGCAGCCACCCUCUCCUAGUGACACAAAGUGAUGGAUCGCAAGAAGGUCCUGGAGCUGGACAAGAUCUGCCGCCUGUGCAUCUCGGAGCGCAAGGAAAUGCGCCCGCUGUUCAGCGAGAAGGUCCCCGAAAUGCUGAUGGACUGCACCAGCGUGCGCGUGGAGCCCACGGAGGGCUGGCCGGACAAGAUCUGCGUGCAGUGCGUUCAUGCCGUGAGCCGGAAUCACGCCUUUAAGACGCUCGUCGAGCGCAGUGACAAGGAGCUGCGCGAUUACAUCCGCGGCAUCACCGUCGCCCAGGAUAUGGAGGAGCAGCAGCAGCAACAGGCGGCGGCCAGUGCCAAGCAGCAGCUACUGUUGGAGCGCAAGCAGCAGCGACUACUCCAGAAGCAGCAGAAGAUGAUCGACGAGCAAGUGCAGCUGGCGCUCCAACAACAGCAGCAGCAGCAGACUCCGGCCAAGCCCAAGCUGAAGCCACUGCUGCGGAAGGGCUCCCGCCAGCAGAAGCAGCGACUUCUGGAGGCAGCUCCAGCCCCACAGCCCGUCGCCCCCCAGCCACAGAUGCAACUGCUGCAGGAACCUGCUCCACAGCCGCAGCAACAGCCCACGAUGCAGCAGCAGAUCCAGCAGAUUCAGCUGCCCACGCUUCAACCCGCUCCCGCCCAGCUUCUGUCCACUGCCGGCGCCACCACGACGAUGCCGCAGCAGAUUCUGCUGCCCAACGGCCAGCUGAUCACGACGGCCCAGAUUGUGACGCCCCAGCUGGCGCAGAUCAUCAGCACGCAGCCGCAGGGGACGGCCAACGGACAGGCCACCGCUCAGCAGUCGCAAUUCCUGCCCCAGCUCCUACAGACGCCCAAUGGGCAGACCCUGCAGAUCGUCCAGCAGCCCAAUGGUACGCAGACACUGCAGCUGGUGCAACUGGUGCCGCAGCGCAGCUUGGCGCCCACCGGUGUCACGACGGUGACCACCACCACCAACGCCACGGACAUGGGCCACCAUCAUGUGGGCGCCUCGCUAGGCGAUGCCGACGUCCAGCUGCUGGAGGACGGCUGCGAUGUGGAGGACGAGGAACUGGAGGAUGUGUACGAACAGCUGGACGGCAAAGGUGACCACAGCUUCGAAACGAUAGUCCUGGACGACGACCAGCAGCAGGAUUUCCUCAAGGACCACCACGAACAUCACCAAGUGAUGAUCAACGAGGAUCUUACGCAGAGCGAGAGCCAGGAGCACGAGUACUUUGACGAUUUGGACCAACAGCAGGCGAUGGACGAGGUGGAGGAAGAGGACGAACAUCUGAAGCACGAGGAAGACCAGGAUACGUUCAUCAUCGAGGAGAUACAGCUGGAGGGCGACGAGAUGCUGGAGGAUCCGGAUGCGGAGGAGAUCGACCAGGACUGCGAGUACAUAACGGACGAUCAGGAUCCUCAUCUUUCGGGCGACGUGGACGACGACCUGCAGUACGCAAUUAUGGAGCCGCCGGAUGGCGACACAAGUGUGGACAUUGAUCAGGCCUUCCUAGAGUCCGAACAGUCCCACCAUCAUCAUCAGCAGCAAGAGGAGUUGCAGAGCAUAUCGCUGGAGAACGCUGUGGUCGAGUUCAGCCAGGCCAACACGACCCCGGACGCCCUGGUGGCUCCCACUCUGAGCGUGAGUUCGCCGAGUCCGACGGCCAAGCGGGCUAAGAGAGGCAAUCAGGGCACUCCGGUUGGAGUUACCCUGGAGCCCUGCGACCACCAACCACCCGCCGCUGCACCGACGAUCAGCAGCAAGCUGGCAGCAGCCAAUUCUCGCCAGCUGGUGCAGACGGCCAGCGUGAUUGCGGCCGCGGGAGCGGACGACAACUACGAAAUAGACGCUAACCUGGUGACCGAGUUCAUACGGCAGCACACCUCGCCACUGGGAUCGGGUCGCUACAUCUGCCACCUGUGCAACACCGAGUUCCGGCAGUUCAAGGGCCUGCAGAACCACAUGCACUCGCACACCAACUGGAUACGGGCCAAUUGCAAGAAACAGCCGCAAUGCGAGAUCUGUUUGAAGAGCUUCAAGGGCCCCGGCAUGCUACGGAUGCACAUGAAGACGCACGAUGCUGAGUCCAGCACCCCGGUGUGCACCAUCUGCAACCGCACGUUCAAGUCGAAGGCGAUCCUGUACCGACACAGGCAGACACACCAGCAGCGAGCCUACUGCUGCGGCGUGGGCAACUGCAGGAAGAACUUCUCCUCGGCGGUUAACCUCAAGUGGCACGUGGAGCGAAAGCAUCCGGAGGUGGUGGAGCCCCUGUUCAAGUGCGGCGAAUGCGGAUCUCUGUAUGACAACGUGGACUCGCUGCAGCUGCAUGUGGAGAGCACCGACCACACUGCGGACGUGCAGAUGAGCGGCCAGGACGACAGCUUCAGCGGGGCGGUGAGCCUCGUCAGCAACGGCACCACCGACAUGUCCAACAUGAUGACCACCGGCCAGAGUGCCACCUUGGCCGGCGGAGCGGGUGACACCCACGCCGUGGUCGUGGGCUCCUCCGGCGAGGUGUACUUCGUGACGCAGGCGUAGCCAGCGGAGUUCGCCGCAGCAGCCGCUCCUGGGAACGGCGAGUGCUUGCUCGGCAUCUAGAUGACCACUUAGCUGUAACAUACGGAUAUAAAUAUAUUUUUGUACUACCCCGUCUAGAUAACAUUUAGCAAUUAGCACACAACCACACACAAAUAUUGCAAUCCUAGAUUUCUGUCGUAGAAAACUUGUUUAGUAGGACCUAAGAGCGAUUCACUCGAAUUUUGUAAGCAAAUACGAAACUUUAGGUAGGCAGAUCGGAUCGAAACAGGUCCCACAUCCAAAUCCGGCGGGGACUGUGCCAGUUUUUGUUUUUAAUUUUAUUAUCUACUAUUAUUAAUUUGUUUUUCCCGGGGAAUAUCAGACUGGCAUUUUAGGCUAAACGUAUUUCGGCGUUGGGUUUUCAUUGUUGGGCUUGAAACGUGAAUAAGUAAAAAUUGUUUUAACUGCAACAAAAUAAAUUAACAAACCUUCUAAAAAAAAU